CGGCCGGCGGUCGGCGGGCGCACGCACAGAAUGCAGCGGCGCGCGGGGCGCGGGCGGGGGCCGCUGCUGCCGCGGCGACGUCGUGCUGCCGCCCGGCGCCCGCCAGUCAGCCGCGCGCCUCCGACACGAGUGCUGUUCGAGCGCGGCAACACACACCUCUCCACACGCAGCGGAGUAUGCUACAGCAGAUGUCCUCGCCGCCGAGCGCACAAGCCGGCGAGGUCGCGACUGUCGUGCGCCACCUUGAAGGCCGCGUCUGUGGCGACGUGUCUUCGGAGGAGGCCUCAGACGCUGCGGAUGAAUUUGAGUUACCACAGUGCAAGAUAAGGCGGAACUAUAACUGCACUAAGUGCACGUUCUUUACGCAGAACCCGCGCGCUUAUCUCGUGCACACGCGAGACGCACACUUCGUCAGACUGAAAAUUUACGAUUGUCCGUACUGUAUUUACGCCUCGAGACAUCAUCAGAAGCUUGUAAGGCACGUCAAAAUGAUACAUGGAGUAUCAAAGCCGACGACUUCCUCAACUACUACCAAAGCUGUGGCUGCGUUAUCACCACCCUCAUAUGAAAACAUGGAGCCAACAGAACGCAUUGAAGACUUACUCGAAGAAGUCGAGGACUGCGAGGAUAUGAUGAUGGAAGUCGAUGAAGACUCCAUGGAUGAUAACGACGUCGACGGCAACAGAAGUGUUGAUCAAUCAGCGCCCUCUGACGGGUUAAAAUCGAAAAACAAAUUUUUCUCAUGCAAUAAGUGUAACUAUGUCACCCACAUAAGAGCUAGAUUCACAAAGCACGUCAAGUACCAUUCGAUGCCUAUGAUAAAGUGUACAAUGUGUGAUUUUCGAACACCAUACAAGUGGAAUUUGGAUCGUCAUAUGAAGAACCACGGUGGUACUGGGAGUUUCCAUUGUUCGAUGUGCAACUUCACAGCGGACAUCAAGCAGAGUCUGACGGUGCACGAAAUGAAUCAUCACACACCGGCAGCGGGCCAAUCGCUGUUCAGCCGCCGCCGCAACCGGGUGGGCGCCAGCGACACGGUUACCGCGGAGCUCGACGCAGCGAGCGCGUUGCUCCCCAAGGAGGAAGAAGGGAGCGGCGACUCACGGUCCUCACACUCGGUCUCGGAUAUGGGGCUUCAAUACGCAGAAAGAGAACUAGUCAGUUGUAAAAGUGAUUCAAACGAUGCCACAGCGUCGCAUGAUGGAAUCGCGAAAAAGGAGAAUUCAAAUGAUGGCUACAGCCAGCUGUCACCCACACACAGUUCUGAUGAGAAAAAACAGAGCAGAAAGGUCCCUAGACCAAUACCACAACUCAUACCGCUGAAUUCUUCAACGCCCAAUCAAAAACAAUGUUCUGGCGAGCCACCAAACAAGAAGUUUAAAGAAUCUCCGCACAACGACAUCGAUGACGUCUCAAGUGAAAAUUCACUUUUAACAGGAAACCUACCGACCAAAGAAACCACAGGACGCAAGAAAAAUGAAUCGUUUUUCGACAAAUUGAAGGAACGACUGUUAACAGAAACUGGGGAAGAAGGAUCUCUAAUAUGCAAGAACUGUGGUUUCGAAAGCAAGUGCUUGUCAGAACACUCUGUUCACGAGAAGAAUUGUGCGCCACACGCUAACCGGAUCAAUGCGAACGCACCCCACAAAAGUUUAAGUUCAACUCGCUGCCAGAAUUGCAGACACAGAUGUAAGUCGAGUGCAGAUUUAUACAUUCACAUGCAAACUUGCGGAAAUAGUGCAAAAAUUGAUGAUGAAAACGCACUAAAGAAUCAGGAUAGCAAUGAUGGAAUCAUUCCGAUACAUGAGAAGGAAAGUGAACCACAUCCAAUGGAAAAUAUCGUUUUUGUUUGGAACACUUUCAAUCAAAACAACCCUAACAAGUUUGAAAUGCCUCUAGAUAUAAGUAUCAACGAUGAUAGUACCUUACCGGCGGAGUUACAAAGAAAUUACGACGCCGAAAUUGUGGAUGACAAUGAGAGCAUGAAUCUAUCACCGAGUCAAGCUAUUGGACGGAAAGUGUUUAAAUGUCCACAUUGUCCAUUUUUCUCCACCACAGCGUCGAGAUUCCACGUUCAUAUCGUGGGGCAUUUGAACAAGAAGCCAUUCGAGUGUUCCCUCUGCAAAUACAAGUCAAAUUGGAGAUGGGAUAUAACCAAGCACAUCAAAUUGAAGUCAGCCCGGGAUCCUGAACAUAACGAAGCUAAGGUACUCAUGACCGAUGAAACAGGACGUCGUAACUACAGCAAAUAUAAUAAAUUCUUAGCGAUGCCAAUUAUGAAUGAAAAUGGAGAAAAUGAGUUUCAUUACUUGGAUCCUAAUACUGCAGUGGACAGCUCAAUGGAAAUAGACGAACCAUUUAAUGAUAUAUCGGACGCAAUGAACGUACAAUUUGAAAUGCAGCCACUAAACUUGCAGACUCAGCAUACUGAAGACAAAUACGACUUUUUAGAAAAUAGAGCUCUGGACGAUAUCAAGAAACCUAAAAAAACAUUAUGGAAAUGCAAAAAGUGCAACUACAAGGAUCCCUCAAAAGAAGCUCUCUUGGAGCAUGUUCGACAGCACUCCAGAUCUGAUGAGGAACCGAAACCAAUGCCUAAGAAACUCGAGAACAAUACUCCUGACCCGGCUGACCUGGCGUAUCGCUGUGGCCAUUGUAAUCAGUUAUCUAACUGGAAACAUGUUAUACAGCGUCACUGCCGAUUAAAGCAUGAUGGAGUGAUAAAGGUUAUAACAACAGUCAAACCUAAACCUGAUCCACCGAUGAACAUCAACGAGAUCAACAUUGACACCUGCAACAAGUGUCCAUACAGGACGAGUGACAAAAAGCUCCUCAUCGCACAUUUGCAACAACACCAACCCUCGGCCAGCUCUAUCUUCAAGUGUUACUUCUGCCCAUUCUUCGUAAAGGAUGAACCUGAAUUGAUACAACAUUUACUUCUUCACGGCAUAACUGACCCAGAAGAUUAUAUUGCAAAAGCCAUGGGGACUAAAUCCCCUGCACCAGAACCGCAAGCAGCUGCAACUCCAUCAAUGAACCACACCAAACGACACAAAUGCAUCGAGUGCCCGUACGAAACCAACAGCAAGUCACAAUUCAUGUAUCAUGAACAGUUCCAUCGACUGCCAGCCGAUACACCUUAUAAAUGCCCAGAAUGCAACUACAGUGUAUCCAAGAGACACCUUCUGCAUCAGCACCUACGAGUUCACGGUAUUGCAACGAAAAGAAUGGAAUCUGAAGCCGAAUUAGAAGCUUCAACGUCAUCGCAAAAUAAAUCAGACUCAAAAGCUGACUACCACAAUACUUUAGAAGAAAUACCCUACGUUUGGGUUUCAGCGAAGAACGAGUUCCAUAAAAUGUACAAGUGCCGUUACUGUUCCUAUGUAAAUGCUAUCAAAUGCAAAAUACCUAAUCAUGAAAAAAUUCACUGCAUCGUAUUCGAAAAUGAUACAACUAUUUACAAGUGCUUGGAGUGCAAAUAUACCUGUGAUAACGCCGUCAGGCUGUCAGAACAUUCCAAGUCCCAUGGAGAAAUAUAUGGUCGUAUCUAUUGCCCUGUUGAGGACGACGUACCAGAUGAAGAACAGAUCUUAAAACUAAGGAAAGUUAUAGAACUUGAAAAAAUAACAAACCCAGAAUCAUGUUCUAGAGACGAAACUCCAACUGAAAACAGAGAAGUCAAGUUCUUAUACUUUUGUCAAAAAUGCCCAGCAAGGUUCUUUGAAGAAGGAGAAAUAGAAGAUCAUAGAAAGGGUCAUGAUGAAUCACACACAUACAAAUGUAAAAGUUGCGAUUUCUCACUUACAGAAGAGGACGACUUGACAGUGCAUACUAUCGUUCACACGGAUGAAUACCACACGAAAACAAAGAUGCUUAAGUUCAUUCACAACACUCAUCCUUCACACCGACAACCCAUAUUAGAACUCGUUCACUGCCCCAAAACGUCAGCAAUAACAUGGAUUGCCACUGGUCCCAGCAAACUUGAAACUGGCGAAAUUCAUACGAAAAAACAUAGUGAGACAAAAAGUACGCCAAGACAAUACAGCUGUAACCAAUGUCCCGCGAAAUUCUUCAAAAACUCCGCACUCACAUAUCACAUGGGGCUACACGGAGGAGAGGGAGAAUACAAAUGUAAAAAAUGUAACUAUGCCGUAAAGAACAUUGGUAAUUUAGCCAAACAUGAAUUACUUCACGAAAACGAAAAUAAGACAAGUUGUGAUUAUGAAUCUGGUGAAGACAUGGAUUAUAAAAACAUUCCCUUGUCUGGCACUGAUUUGUUCCAGAGAAAGACUGAGGCACAGAAGAGAGUUUUAACAGAUAAAGAUAAAUUAGUAAAGCCUAAUGAUCAUUUCCCACCUGUUCUGCAGGCUGAUCCCCAAUUCGGUUACUUAAUGCAUGGUAAUCCUGAAUUCAUCUAUCCAACGUACCUUAAGAAUGGACGACAAAAAGAAAAACGAUACAAAUGCCACAAAUGCCCAUCCGCCUUUGAAAAAAGAGAGCAAUACAAGAUCCAUUUAUCAUUGCACGGCUCCAAACAAAGGUACAAAUGUGAGUUAUGUGAUUAUUCUGUUAAAUACUAUGCUAAUUAUGUGCAACAUAUGCGAAAACAUCAAAUGAACGAUGAAGCGCAAGCUGAGAGAAAGAAAGGCAGCGACACGUUUAUGGAAUCUGAAAACCAAGAAGAUGUCAAGCAAGAAGAUAGCAGUGAUAACAUUAAACUUGCUAUAAAAACUAUGCCGAAGGGCGCACCGAAGAGUGACUUCCAACAAUUCUCAAUCAGUGACCAGCAAACGUUACGAUUGCUGCAACGAAGACGGUCUAUGCAUAAUUUUGGAAAAGAUUUUAAUGCAUCGGACGCAUCGCCGACCAAAGAACGCAAAAUGCACAUGUGUAUAUUAUGUCCAUACGCUAAUCAGCGUCAAGAUUCUCUAAACAAUCAUUACAGACGACAUGACGACUCUGAUGUUUUAAAUGCGGGAGGCCAUAAAUGUCCUCAUUGCGAUCUAGCGGUGGUGCAGUCACAUUUCCUUCGUGAACAUCUGAAGACACACUUCAAUUACCAUAAAACUCUGAUUCCCGAAUGUUUCGUGGCUAAUGAAGAUGUGUCCUUUACUAUCACCAAGUUGGAUGAUGAUAGUAAACCAGUUGAUCUCAAAAUAGACAUACAAAACAAAUGUUUUGUAGGUAAUGAAGAAAAGAUAUUUGUAAAAAUUAAAACUGGAGAGUUACUAGUGGAAUAAGUUUUAUCAUUAGGUCUGAUAAGUGAUUAAAUUAUACUUUAAACUACAUAGAUUAGAAAUUGUUUACAACAAUGUAUAGUUUUAGCCUAAGCCAAAUGAAAAAUGUUGAUGUUCACCAAAGCAUAGCUUGCCAUAUUAGAAUGUAACGAUUCUGGCCAUUUUGGUUAUUCAUUGGAUUAAUAAAAAAAAUUAAAAAUUGAAAUUGCUUUUAAAUCUGAAUUACUACAAAAUGCUUAAAUUAAUAGUAUGUAAAUCAAACUUUUAUUAAUGCUUUGAAUUGUAUUAUACAUAACAUGAUUUUAGAAUUUAUUGUUGUUACCAACAAAAAGAUUGUGAGUUGUUUUACAAUCAACAGAUUGAUUCAUAGUAUGAAACCUGACGAAAAUACUGAUAAAAUUAUCUAGUGUUGAAGAAAUUGGGCCUAGAAAACUGUUUGGUAGCUUAAAAGUAAUGUUUUUAUUUAUGAAAGAAAUUCGUUAUCAAAAUUGCGAUUUCAGGUCAAUUACGAUAUUUUGUUUUGAUAACUUUGUACCCAAUAUGUGAUUCUGAAAUACUAUAUUAUAACCGAUUGUAAAAAUCCAACAUUUCUAUGCAUCAAUAGAAAGCUAAUUAGAAAUACUGAAUAGUAAUUUAUACUAUAAUUAUGAUGUGUAAUCAUAGUUUAUAUUAGUGCCAGUUUUAUAUACUUUAGGUAUGUCCUAAAGGACACAUUCCUGUUGUGCAAAAUGUUUUAUAAAUAUAUGAUUAUUCAAUAAGAAAA